GGAUCGACUUCCUUCUUCCUUCUCCCUCUAGAAUAGCUCAAAUACUCCAUGAAUGGAGCUCAAAAUGUACUAUGUAAUGGUGAGGAGAGCCUAAUGAGAAUUGAGAGGGCUUGGACAUUAGCCUAAAAAGUCCCGUGGUUUUCUCCCUUUCGGGUUUCCACGUAAAAAAUGAGUUUGUUCAUACACAUUUAUACAUAUAUUUUCUAUAUCGUGUUGGAUUAAACUCAACACUGGCGCCGUCUGUGGGAAUCUGUCCAAAAAGAUUCAUGUGUUUCUACUGUUCUUGAGUUUUCUACAAAAAAAAAUCCAUACGAAAGGCUACUGGCUUCGGCUUGAUUUGCCACAAAAGAGAUACAGAAAAUGGACUGAUUUUCAACAAGGGAAGAAAGAGGAAAAAGAUUCUGAGGAAGGGAAGAAGAAGCUAGGAAGCUACGAAAAUCUGGAAAGCCAAAUAUGAAUUUUUUCCAGAUCUAUUUUUGAGGUCACCGGAGCCGUCGCAACCAUCCCCGCCGCGGUGGACCUCCGGUGAAGUCAGUUGCGCCAGACGAAGCUCGCUGCAGCACCCCAGCUGUUUCAGGCGGCCACCACCUCAGUCGCACACCACCGCUCGUCAUCAGCGACAUGGAGCUGACGCAACCUGAAGGAAAUUCUGCCAUUAAUGGCGGCUUGAAGCUUAGGGAAGGUACACCUCGAAGCUCUGCCGGACCCACCUGGCCCGGCCUCGGUCGCUGCCCUUGCGCCGCGGCAACCGCCCGUACCGCCGUCGAUGAGGGCUCACGCAGUUGGCCUCGGGUCGGUGGAUGGAUGCUUCAGCUAGCUUCCCAAAAGAUACGAAGUACAGCAUAUGGAUCAGAUGCCUUGGUUCUCCAAAGGCCACGUCCACUGGAGGAAUGGUGGCAGGCAGAUAAGUUUGAGCACCUUGACCAAGUCAAAUAGCAAAGGAACCAAAUCAAGUUGAGGAACUCACCGGCCGGAGGUCUAUACCAAAGGCUUGGAGCAUUAGUUUGAGAAAUCAAUAGUUGGAGUACUUUUGACCAAAGUCAAAAUCGAUGGAAGGGAGCAAAUCUGGCUCUAGAAUCCCUCCUGACGGAAGCUUUAUCUCCAAAGCCAAGUACAUAUACAUAUUCUUAAGUUGGUGCAUUAAUAGUUAAUUGUUUAAAAUAUUAGUAUUGCUAGUAUUUUUAUCACCAUUAUUUAUUAUGAGAUUAAAAUAUCCCAGAAUUAAAUAGUGUGAACGAUGCUCUAAGUGAUAAUUAAUUUCACCGUCAUUUUAAUUAAUGAUGAGUUGUGGUGGGCCCGUUGGCCCACUCCUGAUCGGCUUAAAUUAGCAGGCGGAGAAUACCGGAAUGGCUUUUGAUAGGAAAGUAUCAUUACUAUUACCCGUUACGUCACUAUUAUUUAUUAGGGAUAAAAAUGUCCCGAAUUAAAUAAUGUGGAGCGAAGCUCUGGUGAUGUUUGGUUCAGCCAACAUUUUAUUGAAUAUUUAAUUUCUUGUGGGCCUGUUGGCCCACCCUCGAUCAGCUUGAUUAAGUGAUCCGAGCGUCUCCAGAAGGGCGAUGCCCCGACGACGCGUUUGAAUUUGAGGGUUGCGCAUUAGUCCGCACGGCACUACGUGCCCGAUCGACGAUCGUACCCCAGUGUCAUUUACGCCAUUAGGCGUGAAAUGAUUAUUGCCAAACGUGGCCUGUGGGGCCCGAAGGCACCAAAGCACCCAACCUCCUUUUUCUGAGGGCAGUGCGACCAACUUAGGUCUGAGUUUGAAAACUCACGGACCGAUGAAUAUCUCUAUGUGACGUUCGGCGGGCUGCUAAUUGGCCCCGCCGCGAGCUGCUACGUCCAUUAACCCCGCACGAUGAGCCGGGCCGAGGGUCACGAUGACCCAUAGGCCGGUAAUCGUGGGUGUUAGAAAGAAAACCAUGCAGAUGGUUAUGUGUGUAUACAUAUUGUCGGGUCGUGCGGCCCGUUACCAUGCUUAUUGCGCAGCUGAAGCCGCUCGACGCGCUCGAGUGAAAUGAUUAGAAGACGCUCGGCCCGAGUCUUGAAGACGUGCAGGGCCGGCUAAAGAGGAGACCAUCACGGCUGAGGCACCCCCCUUCCCGACGUGGGGUCCAUUUUCUCGAGCAUCUCCACCUAGAGGCCGAGGGCCUAGAGGAGACCACCACGGUUGAGAGCAGCGGGACGAGCAUCUCCACCCCAGAGACCGAUGGCCUAGGAAGAACACCUAGAGGCCGAGGUCUAGAGGCGAAUGCCAUGACAGAGAACCGUGAGACGACCACCCGUCAUUCAGAGGCCGAGGGCCUAGAAGAGAUCGUCACGGCCGAGGGCCGUCUGACGCCAUCAUUACAUCAUGACCGGCCCCUCGGCACGACAUGAUCAUCAUAUUUGAAGACCGGUCUUGUCCCCGCACUGCGCGGACGAGGACUGUUGCUUGAUUUCAGAUCGGCCUCUCAUUGCCGACAUCAUUACAUCAUGACCGGCCUCUCGGCACGGCAUGAUUAUCUUAUUUGAAGACCGGCCUCGUCCCCGCACUGCGCGGACGAGGACCGUUGCUUGAUUUCAGAUCGGCCUCUCAUUGCCGACAUCAUUACAUCAUGACCGGCCUCUCGGCACGGCAUGAUUAUUUUAUUUGAAGACCGGGCUCAUCCCCGCGAUGCGCGGAUGACGGCCGUUGCUUGUUUUCUCAGAUCGGCCUCUCAUUGCCGACACCGUUAUAUCACGACCGGCCUCCCGGCUCGGCGUGCUUUCCAUAUUUGAAGACCGGUUUUCAUCCCCGCUCCUCGCGGAUGACGGCCGUUGCUUGUUUUCUCAGACUGGUCUCUCAUUACCGAUGUUAUUAUAUCACGAUCGGCCUCUCACUGCCGACGCUAUCAUGUUAUGUUCGGCCUCUCGGCACGACAUAUUUAUCUUUUGAAGACCGGUUUCAUCCCCGCGCUGCGUUGGAUGAGAGCCGUUGCUCGGAUAUAUCGGCCUGACCGGACACUAUUGUCAUCUCCAUUAUCAGGACCGACUGCUCAGCGACAUUAUGAUCAUUGUAUAUCGGCUCCCAAUGCCGACCUUCUUGAGUUAGCGAUCGGGCUCACCCCUCCCUUCACGAGGGUGACCAUCGCCUUCGCAUGACAUUAUGUGUGACAUCACUUGUGGUUAUUCUUGGAACCGACGAACGUAUUUUCCUCCCUCAAAAAAAAAAAAAGAAGAAGAAAAAAAAAAAGAUGGGGAGAAGGGGAGACGAGAUCCUAUGAGAGAGGGAGUCUUGACGAGGUAUGCCUGAUCUUCCUUCGCCGCGUAUGACGAACGUCUCCCGACGCGGAGGCUAGUAGGAACGUGGGGGGGGGGGGGGGGGGGGGGGGGGGCUAGACGUACCAAAGGGAACCUCGGCAAGAUAAACCAGUUCCUCCCAUGACCCGUGGUUCGAUGAACACCUUCUGCCAAAGCAGAAGGCUAGUAGGGCCACGAGCAUGGGACGACGAAGCAGGGAAUCCCGACGUGGAUAAACCUGUUCCUCCUUGCGAUCGUUGGAUGACCGAACGUCUUCUUCGAAGUAAGAAGAUUAGUAGGACCACGACAGGGACGAACGAAGAAUAGGGAAUCCCGACGUGGAUAAACCUGUUCCUCCUUGCGAUCGUUGGAUGACCGAACGUCUUCUUCGAAGUAAGAAGAUUAGUAGGACCACGACAGGGACGAACGAAGAAUUGGGAAUCCCGACGUGGAUAAACCUGUUUCUUCUCAUAGUUGGGAUGACGAACGUCUCCUGCGAAACCAGGAGACCAGUACUCACGAGACUUGGGAAGAACAAAGAUCGAGUUCUUUACCGGAGUCUGAUUGCGUGCCGAGUGUACACCGCUUAGCGGUCCGUACAUAGGACCACGGAUACGGUAGACGAACGAAGACCAGCACCAUGGGUCAGACACGCAGGACCAGUUCUCCACCGGAGUCUGUUGCGUACCGAGUGUACACCGCUUAGCGGUCCGUACAUAGGACCACGGAUACGGUAGACGAACGAAGAUUAGCUCCCCAGAUAAGACAGGAAGAACCAGUUCUUUACCGGAGUCUGUUGCGUGCCGAGUGUACACCGCUUAGCGGUCCGUACAUAGGACCACAGAUAUGGUAGACGAACGAAGACCAGCUCCCCAGCUCAGACAGGAGGGACAUUGCCCAGAUUUAUUUCAGGCUCACCAUUCCUUCCCGGAUGGAGUCCUGGCAGACGAACGGCUUCUCACAGCCAAUCAUCAUAGAGACUUGACACAUCACCAGCACGGCCGAGGGCCGUGAGACGAUUAUCACUCACCGACAGGCCGAGGGCCAUGAGAUGAUCAUCACCAUUUUUAUGCAUCACGAUCGGCCCCUCAGCGCCAUCAUGUCCAGAUUCACGGUUCGGCUCGCCCAUUCCCUCCAGGAUGGCGACGACCGUCUUAUGCAGUACGAUCGGCCCCUCAGCGCCAUCGUACCCAGCUCACGUUCAGCUCGUCCAUCCCUUCCAGGGUGGCGACGGACGUCUUAUGCAUCACGAUCGGCCCCUCAGCGCCAUCGUGUCCAGAUUCACGGUUCAGCUCGCCCAUUCCCUCCAGGAUGGCGACGACCGUCUUAUGCAGUACGAUCGGCCCCUCAGCGCCAUCGUACCGAGCUCACGUUCAGCUCGUCCAUCCCUUCCAGGGUGGCGACGGACGUCUUAUGCAUCACGAUCGGCCCCUCAGCGCCAUCGUGUCCAGAUUCACGGUUCGGCUCGCCCAUUCCCUCCAGGAUGGCGACGACCGUCUUAUGCAGUACGAUCGGCCCCUCAGCGCCAUCGUAGCCAGCUCACGUUCAGCUCGUCCAUCCCUUCCAGGGAGGCGACGAACGUCUUAUGCAUCACGAUCGGCCCCCUCAGCGCCAUCGUGUCCAGAUUCACGGUUCGGCUCGCCCAUUCCCCCCAGGAUGGCGACAACCGUCUUAUGCAGUACGAUCGGCCCCUCAGCGCCAUCGUACCCAGCUCACGUUCAGCUCGUCCAUCCCUUCUAGGGUGACGACGAACGUCUUAUGCAUCACGAUCGGCCCCUCAGCGCCAUCGUGUCCAGAUUCACGGUUCGGCUCGCCCAUUCCCCCCAGGAUGGCGACAACCGUCUUAUGCAGUACGAUCGGCCCCUCAGCGCCAUCGUACCCAGCUCACGUUCAGCUCGUCCAUCCCUUCUAGGGUGACGACGAACGUCUUAUGCAUCACGAUCGGCCCCUCAGCGCCAUCGUGUCCAGAUUCACGGUUCGGCUCGCCCAUUCCCUCCAGGAUGGCGACAACCGUCUUAUGCAGUGCGAUCGGCCCCUCAGCGCCAUCGUACCUGGCUUCACGGUUCGGCUCGCACAUUCCCUCUAGGAUGGCGACGACCGUCUUAUGCAGCACGAUCGGCCUCUCAGCGCCAUCGUGUCUCUUUCACGUUCGGAUCGCGCAUCUCUUCCAGGAUGGCGACGAACGUCUUAUGCAGUACGAUCGGCCCCUCAGCGCCAUCGUACCUGGCUUCACGGUUCGGCUCGCACAUUCCCUCUAGGAUGGCGACGACCGUCUUAUGCAGCACGAUCGACCUCUCAGCGCCAUCGUGUCUCUUUCACGUUCGGAUCGCGCAUCUCUUCCAGGAUGGCGAUGAACGUCUUAUGCAGUGCGAUCGGCCCCUCAGCGCCAUCGUACCUGGCUUCACGAUUCGGCUCGCACAUUCCCUCUAGGAUGGCGACGACCGUCUUAUGCAGCACGAUCGGCCUCUCAGCGCCAUCGUGUCUCUUUCACGUUCGGAUCGCGCAUCUCUUCCAGGAUGGCGACGAACGUCUUAUGCAGUGCGAUCGGCCCCUCAGCGCCAUCGUACCUGGCUUCACGGUUCGGCUCGCACAUUCCCUCUAGGAUGGCGACGACCGUCUUAUGCAGCACGAUCGGCCUCUCAGCGCCAUCGUGUCUCUUUCACGUUCGGAUCACGCAUCCCCUCCAGGAUGGCGACGAACGUCUCAUAUGCAGCACGAUCAGCGCCCCAGCGCCAUCAUGUCUGGCUCGUGUUCGGCUCGCCCAUCCCUUCCAGGAUGGCGACGAACAUCUCUUAUACGGCUCGAUUGGCCCCUCGGCGGCAUCAUGUCUAGUCCACCUCCGGCUCCGCCCAUGCCAUCUCGGAUGGGGGACCCGUCUUAUGCAGCAUGAGUGGCCCCUCGGCGGCAUCAUGUCUAGUCCACCUUCGGCUCCGCCCAUGCCAUCUCGGAUGGGGGACCCGUUUAUGCAGCACGUCUGCUUCUCGGCGCUGACAUGCCCGGUUUAUCGAUGAGAGCCACCGCUUUCUAUUACAUCUCACAUUCCUUCUCUCAUACAUUGCACCCAUACAUUACAUGCAUUCAUACAUUCAUGCAUCAUACCUCAUACAUUCAUACGUACACACGUGCAUCAUGUUUUGACAGUACCGCGACGUCGGUUUAUAGACACUUGGACCUCUAAGCUUCUCCGAUUGGAAAGCUCGAGUCAGAGUGCUUUACUCCCGCCUGAUGCAUUCAGGCGGAGUGUGCCCGUGGAGGAGCACCCUUCGCCCGACCCUGUCGGGAAGGGGGGUGCCUCACUGGUAGAUUACGUUCAGGAGAGCAGACACUCACUCAUACAUUAUGAUUAUGUGAAGACACAGUUUCCAGCAAGACAGAGGAAGAGCGCAGACAGAGUAUAUUUUCUCGAGCAGAUUCGCGAGCUCACUACUCAAGAAACUGGGGGACUUGUGUUGGGAUAUAUUAUCCCGGCCUAUUACUGUUCAGGAGUCCAAGGCUUCACGUGGUACGAAACCCAAUCAGUAAGGCCCAUUUUAGCCCACCAGGACCGAUAUCGGCCCGUUUGGCCCAUUAGGGUGGAGAGCCCCUUCUCCCCUUCUCCUAUAAAUAGGGAGCUUAGCCUCCAUGUAAAGGAUCGACUUCCUUCUUCCUUCUCCCUCUAGAAUAGCUCAAAUACUCCAUGAAUGGAGCUCAAAAUGUACUAUGUAAUGGUGAGGAGAGCCUAAUGAGAAUUGAGAGGGCUUGGACAUUAGCCUAAAAAGUCCCGUGGUUUUCUCCCUUUCGGGUUUCCACGUAAAAAAUGAGUUUGUUCAUACACAUUUAUACAUAUAUUUUCUAUAUCGUGUUGGAUUUAACUCAACACACAUGUUUUAAAAUCACCAAAAUGUGUAGUUUUCGUUUGCCGGAUUUAGGAUGAGUAAUGCUGCUCACACGGCUGAGCUGCCGUAAGAUUACUCGCCGCCCGCCAGCUUUGAAAGCUCAUAAGCUCUUACACCAAAGCGCCUCCAUCUUUCCGCACGUAGAGCGAUCUUUUCUGCUUCUCUUAAAGACAUGUUCCAGUUCAGCUCAUAUUCGUCAAGUCCAAUGCUAUAUGCUCGUCCGUGCUCUGGAUCACGACAACAUUCUUCUCAAUCGAUUCGUUGGCGCGGUGUCUGCUGCUGGGUUCUCCGGCUAUGUGUAUUGCUUGGUCUUCUUUGCUCCCAACCCGGACAUGUACCUAUUCAACACUGCCAUUGAAGCUCUCGCUUGCCAGCCACGUUCAACCAAACAGGCCAUUAAUCUCUACGGUAGAGCCCGAAACAUUGGUUUGAAACUCGAUACUUAUUCAAUUCCUUUUGUGUUAAACGCUGUUAUCUUCGAUAGUGGAUUGAGAUUCACCGGUGAACAGAUUCACUGUGAUGCCGUCAAGACGGGGCUGAACAAUGAUGUCCACGCAGCGGUGGCACUUGUUCGCAUGUACUCUGCCUACAGACUUGUUACUGAUGCACGGAAGGUGUUUGGUGAAAUGACGCAAAAAGAUGUGGCUUUGUGGAAUGCUAUGAUGGCUGGCUAUGUCAAGGCUGGUGAUACAGAAGCUGCAGCAUUCUUAUUCGAAUGUAUGCCCGGGAGAAAUGUUGUUUCUUGGACUACUAUUAUAGCUGGCUAUGCUCAAAAGAAUCAGUCUCGAGGGGCCAUUUCCGUUUUCGGGAGAAUGAUGGCUGAGUCGAAUGGAGUCAAGCCUGAUGAGGUCACCUUGCUGGCUGCCCUUUCGGCUUGUGCAGAUUUGGGUGACCUCAAGAUGGGUGAGUGGAUUCACACUUAUAUUGAAAAACAUCAAUUGCGAAAAACUGUACGUCUUAACAAUGCGCUCAUAGAUAUGUAUGCCAAAUCAGGGAGCAUACACAAGGCCAUACAACUUUUUGAGAGUAUGGCCGAAAAAAAUGUGGUAACUUGGUCAACUGUGAUAUCCGGCUUGGCUACUAAUGGACUUGGAAGUGAAGCACUUGACAUGUUUUCUCGUAUGGAAAGGACCGGAGUGAAGCCCAAUGAUGUGACUUUACUUGCUGUACUUUCUGCCUGCAGCCAUGCUGGUUUUGUUGAGUUAGGACACUGUUUUUUCCAAACAAUGGAAGAAAGAUAUGGAAUUAACCGCAGCAUUAAGCACUAUGGCUGUGUUAUUGAUCUCUUAGGGCGAGCCGGUCGCCUUCAAGAAGCUGAAAACUUAAGUAAAGCAAUGCCCUUUGAGGCAAAUGCAGCUAUUUGGGGAUCACUACUUGCUGCAUCUAGGAACCAAGGCAAUAUUGAAAUUGGGGAGCGAGCUCUACAGCAUCUCCUCAAGGUCGAGCCUCAUCAUAGUGGGAAUUAUUCACUUCUGUCUGGCAUAUAUGCUUCUAAUGGUAGGUGGGUUGAAGCUAGGGACACAAGGGUAGUUAUGAGGGAAAUAGGUGUUAAAAAGAAGCCAGGUCAGAGCUCCAUUGAGGUGGAUAACAAAGCUUAUGACUUCAAUUCUGAAGAUAUAUUCCAUCCUCAGCUUGACCGAAUACAUAGAACUCUGCUGCAGUUAAAUAGACACUUGAAGAUGCCAAGUCAUGCUGUAAGGGACUACGAGGAUCUGCUUGAUUCUGUUGGCUUGUAAGAUAAUUUACUCUCCUCCUAUGUAUGUAAUGAAACUGCACACAAACAAUUUCGAAACCAAGCUGAUGGGCGAGAUUACGAAUGUGUGUUCUGAUAUGAAGUUCCUGAAAUCUCAAUGAUCUGAUUUGGACUUCUGUCUGGUCAAUCUUUUUGGUCUUAUUAUUUUAUUUUGGUCUGGUCUUGAAUUGACUCUCAAGGUUGUUUGCGAGUGAUGAAACCUGACUAGGACAUUACUUUUUGACCUUAAAAGGUAGGGAAAAAUCUAUUUGGGUAUGUUUGGUUUGGGGUAAUCUCACAUGAAGGCCGGAAUGUCAUGCGCGGAAUGUCAGAUACCCAUGUUUGGUUCACGGGUUUGAGAAAAAAUCGGAAAAGUUAGAUUCCCGGGAAUGUAAUAUGGAAGGACAUCUUAUAACCACCAAUGUCUUAGGUUAUCUUACAUUUCCGAUGAUGAUCUAAUUUUCUUCCGAAAAUACCCUCAAUUAAUUAUCUCUUUUCAAUUAAUUUCUUUAUAUAGUGCGAUUUUAUAAAACUUAUAAUGUAAUUUCUAAACAUGUAAAUUAUAUUUACUAACAAAUAAUCUUAUUAUUGAAAGAGAUCAGUUAAUUUUAUGGUCAG